AUGAAACUAUUGAAUCCUUGCAGAGAAAAAACGUUUUUAGUGACAAUGUUGAUGACGAUUGGAAUAAUUAUGGCGUGCAUGGCAGCCGAACAUCAACGUGAAAAGAUUGCCGAACACCAAGGUCGAAUCUUUGACAGCGACGUCCAAGAUGUGGUUGGUUCCGUUCUACAACGUGUCCGCAAUAAUCGCCGUGCGGCGUGUGAUCGUCCUUAA